AUGUGUUUGGGAUGCUCCAAUGCACCUGAAUACCAAAGCGGCGAUUCGCGGGCUAUGUUUUACUGCGGCCACGACUGCCAGGUAAUGGACUGGCCAAAGCACAAACGCUAUUGCAAGAGCAUGCAACGACGAAAGAUACUGCUCCGAGCUGCCCAAAUACUGAAGGCAGCCAUGUUGACAUACAGGGAGACUGUAUACGACGUGGACAUAACUAGGAUCGAGUAUCGAGGUGGAGUUCUCUAUCUCCAUCAAAAUCAAAGGACGGUUGCGUCUCGAUCCAAACGGGGUCCCUUCCCAAACUACAUGACCGACAACAUCGAGCACAAGGAAGCAGCUCUUGUGAAAAGCCAAUCUACAGCAGCCAUGGCCCUUUUAGGACCCUUGACCAGAAAACUUCUUCGAGGUAUGCCAUUGAGAAUAGAGACCAUAGUCGUCAAUAUCAGAAGACCACGGGUUCCAACUAGGCUUGUUCCUGGUCCUGAUUUACACGGCGGUCCACACAUGGUGUUGAAGAUAACACGACUUGAUAGCGACGAAGAAUGGAUUAUCGAUACCACAGGAUGUCAAUAUGGAUUCCGAGAUGUGCUAGUUCCUUCCGUCAGGUACUUGACUGACACCGAAUGCCGGGUGCUAACUGGACCUCGGAUUUACGGCGCAUGCGAGACAAAGGAUUUGGACUACUUGUCAACUCUUCACAUCUUCAACAAAACAAAAGCACAACGGCAGGAUAUGCGACUUGAACGACUGACCCGUCAUCAUUUUGCUGUCUUCGUUUCUAGGAAUGUGGAUGAUAAGUUACUUAUGGGAUCUGGCGCCGACUUCAAGAGAAAGAUUGAUCACUUCGUCAAAGACCUGAAAGCUCACAUGGUUGAUUCUAUAAGGAAAGCAGGUGAUGAUUAUGGAGAUUCUGAAGAUGAUUAA